ACUGAUAGCGGGCCAAGAGCUCGAUAAGCUUCCCAUCCCAGAAGCUUGGCUCGGGAAUCAUUCGCGAAUUCGAUCCCAAGUUUCCCGUUUCCCCGUUUUCCAACCUACGUCCAUAUGUAACGGGAACCACUGCAUACAUCGCAAUCAACACCUCGCUCCCAAAUUCCACCCUUUGGUCCCGGCCCUUUCCAUCUAAACCCAACUGAAUCCUCCGUCUCCCGCCGUCCCGAUACCGCCGGCUCCCUAAGAACACACCAAAUCCCGACUCCAAAGCCGAAACGACCGCAGCACCGCAGCAUUUCACAAUGGUCCUAGGUCUCUUUGAACAAUCCGAAGCCGACAAGCGCGCGGCCGAGGUGCGCGCGGGCACCGUUGCGCCUACACGCUCCGAGCGCCAAAAGUGCUGGAUGGCGCGCGACGGCUACUUUGCUUGCCUGGACCGGAACAACAUCAUUGACGCCCUCAAGGACGAGAAGGCGGCCGCGAAGGCGUGCAAGGCCGAGAGCGCCGAGUUUGAGAAGGAUUGCGCUGCUCAGUGGGUUACAUACUUCAAGAAGUGGCGCGUCCAGGACAUUCAAAAGAAGGCUCGCCUAAAGGAGCUCGAGGCCCAGGGCGCCGUCAGGAUGGACGUUAACACCGACUUCAAGGCCCGCGAGUAAAUCGAUGCUCUUCGGUUCAUCCGAUCCGGAACAAUCCAAUUCAAAUUCGAUGUCGUCUCUUAAAAGCGACUGGAUGAGAAGACUGGGGGUGGGAGAAAGAGAAAAGAGGAGGGACGGUGUAAAGAUAGUGUGUACUUGGUGUAUGUACCGUAUAUAUGCAUGGGAUAAGGCGUUUAAAUUUGAGUCGAUUGGGUAUCUAAGGGGGAAAUUCCGGUUUCCAACAUUGGUCAAGUCGGGUUGUUUCACUGAUAUGGCCUGUUGGUUGAACAACGUUAUGGUGAAGAUGUUGAUGGAUCCUUUCGACCUAGUGAAUGUUGGUUUAUAGGAAUGUCUAAAAGGGAUAUCAAGCCGGUCAGGCGCCCAUCAGUCUCCUGCCUCCUGGCUCGAAUGCCUUGUAGGUGUAUGGAUAAUAGUCUGAGUCGACCCCGAACGCUGCAUCACUCCACCAACUACAUCCUCGUCCAACUGCACCUCAUGCUCGCCACGAUCUACCGCGUCAUCAGUAACCAUGACAUAAUACCCAGCAUGUCCGCAAUGCGUGCAUUCACAGGUAGACGGUGACGUGUCCGAAGGGUACCCAUCACUCGAGUCCCC